GUAUGGAUAAUCUAUGAAUUUAAUUGUAUUGUGCGUUUUCACCUAUAAUGAAUAUGUCAUACAGCAUUUCCUUGGAAUCUUAUUAUUUAAUGAUUUCAGGGGAUUUCCCUAGGAUUUUUCAUUAAGUCUGUGAUGAGAACUGAUAGCACAGGUGGUCAGGUGAUUAGGUAAUUAGGUGAUCAGGCGAUCACCUCUCAGUUCAGCCCACGCGCUGGUAGGAGGGGGUGUUCUUGUUGGUGAUUAAAAAUGGGCGGGGCUAUGAUGCAUAGAUGAGAUUCCACGUGACGUCAAGGGGAGCCGCGUUUAUAAAAGCCUGGCUCAGCGCUCCAAUGGACUUUCAGUAUCAGAGCAGGUUCACAGGACGGAAGGACUGCGUGUUUACCGUCUCUACUACAUCAUUCAACAUGAUAACAGGAGCAUAAACUUUUCUCUUCAUCUGUUUGUAGGAUUUCAAAAAAAGAACAAUGCCGGAGCAGAGCAACGAUUAUCGCAUGGUCGUGUUCGGAGCUGGAGGGGUCGGGAAGAGUUCCCUGGUCCUGCGCUUUGUGAAGGGAACUUUCCGUGAGAGCUACAUCCCGACUAUCGAGGAUACCUACAGGCAGGUAAUCAGCUGUGACAAGAGCAUCUGCACUCUCCAGAUCACAGACACUACGGGUAGUCAUCAGUUCCCCGCCAUGCAACGCCUAUCCAUCUCCAAGGGUCACGCCUUCAUCCUGGUCUACUCUAUCACCAGCAAACAGUCUUUGGAGGAGUUAAAGCCUAUCUUUGAACAGAUCUGCCAGAUCAAAGGUGACGUGGAGAACAUUCCCAUCAUGCUGGUGGGCAACAAAAUCGAUGAGACCAGUGGCCGCGAGGUGGAGAGCAGCGACGGAGAAGCCUUGUCCAAGAGGUGGAAAUGCGCCUUCAUGGAAACGUCAGCCAAAACCAACCACAAUGUAAAAGAGCUGUUCCAGGAGCUGCUGAACCUGGAGAAACGUAGAACUGUGAGCCUCCAGAUCGACGGAAAAAAGAACAAGCAACAGAAACGAGCUGAGAAGCUCAAGGGAAAAUGUGUGGUCAUGUAAGGCAUCUAAAGAGGACGUGUCUGGAUUCAACCCAAGGACAUUCGAGCUUUCACAACGUAGCUGUUCUGGCUGACGCCUUUUUCACCUCACAAAGAAAGAUAUGCAUGGUUAAAGAUAAGACUUUGUGUCGCGACAAGUGACUUGUUGAAGGAAGGGAUCGCUGGUGUUCACUGACAGUCAAUUCAAAAAAAAGAAAAAUCCAUUCUGAAGCCACUUUCAUCCUGUGCUGCUUUAAAAGACAUUAUUCCCUGAGCUCGUCACUAAUAGGAUUCAGUUGGCAUCACAUGUUAGUACACAACAGCAGUGUUUAAUGCUUUGCCACCGUGCUCAUGCUCUCAUACUGCACAGUCCAGGUGUAACUAAAAGAGAGGAAGACGAGGAAAGUAUGAAAGAAGGUGGAAUUGGAAACAUCGAUUUAAACCAUCUGCUCCUGAGAUGGAUGCGAUACAAAGCAAUACAUCAUGUUAUACAGAUUUGAGUAUUAAGAAAAUAAUUGCUCAUAUAAAAACUGUAAUUUCUGGUCUCUUGUACAGCCAGGAAAGUUCACAUGGUUUAAAGGUCACCAUUUGAGAGUUUACUAAGUAAUAUAUUUGACUUUCUUUUGAAUAUUGUAUUUAAGUAACUUAAAUACAAAAAAAAAUCGCAAAAGGAAAUCGCAAUAGGAAAAUCCCAUCCUUGCCAAAUGUUAUUUACGUACUUAAAUAAGUUUUUUUAAUAAAACAUUAUGAAUAACAUACAUUCUACCACGCAUCUCGACAGAUAUGACAAAUAAGUCCGACUUGGAUUCGUCAUAGAUAUAAGUCUGAUUCAUUUGAUUCAAUAAGAUUGAGUCAGUGCCUUUAAGGUUUUGAAGAUGCUGAGUUCCAAAUUAAGAUUACUUGAGGUGUUUACAGAUUAUGGUAAAAGCUUGAUCAAUCAUGGCCUGUGUGUGUGUGUGUGUGUGUGUGUGUGUGUGUGUGUGUGUGUGUGUGUGUGUGUGUGUGUGUGUGUAAGAGUGAGAGUGUGUGUUGAUUCAUAGAGAAUUCACCUACCAAAGGCAUACAAAUCACUAAUUGAAUUCCAACCUUGCUUCUUCGGGAAAUAUCAAAGAUGCCUCCUUCAGGUGGCUAAUGCACUUGCGUGCCAGUAUUCCCAGUCUGUUACUGAUUGUGGAUUUUAUGAAAUCAAAUAGUGGCCUUUGUGGUUGGAGCAUGUGGCGAUUGAUUAAAUGGAUUAUUCUAAUGAAACCGAUAAGAUAUAAUAAACUAUAUAUAAAGCUUUACAGCAGAAUUGCAUGAUUCCAGCAGCAGCAGGAAUGAGCUUCAGAUAACGAUUGUGCAAAACGAAAUUAUAAAACCAUAUGCCCUACCUAACAAGCACCCUGGUAUGUUUAAACAUAGGCCUGGCAUCAACUAGGCUUUCUAAUGUUUAUAAGAGUAAUAACAUAUGUAUAGAUUUAGCAUGAUGGGUCUUGAAAUUCUAAUGAUAGGGUCUGGCUUUACAGCUAGCUUAUAUCACUGCUUUGGCUGUCUUCUUAUACAUCAGUACUGGUUCCAGUACGACAGAUAAUACGUGCUGUUUAUUUCAGUGAUAUUUUGUCAAAGAAAUGUCAUUAAUAUGGUUGUAACAAGAAGUGAAAGAAUGCCAAUAGAUUAAAUGCAGUCGCAGUAGUUAGUAUAUGCUCUAUCUAGAAAAAUCAUAGUUACAGGCACCAGUGUGCCGGAUCGUCAAUCACUGAUUAAGAUUAAAAAAACCUGUUUGUUUGCUAUGACGGAACUGUAAAAUAAAUAUUAUAUGAAAUGAUGUAAUAUUGUUUUAUUGACCUGCCUGUAAAACAUCAUGUGUGCCUACAAGUUUAUAUAUUUACUGUAAAUAAAUGAGAAAAUAAAGAUAGUUCUGCAUUUAAA